UUUAGUUAUCCCGGUCGCACUAGGUGAGGAAUGUUUUGAACAAACAUACAGACAAAAAAAAGCUUGAUACCAGCGAAUAAAAUGGCGACAACUGAAGUAAGUUCUUGUACAACAGACGACGAUAUAACAACAUGUACAAUUUGUCUAGAACAGUUUAAUAUUCCGAAAUAUUUACCUUGUUUACAUACUUUUUGCGAAAGUUGUAUCGCAACAUAUAUUACUUCCGCAUUUGAAAAAGACAGAACAAGUAUUGACUGCCCUAUUUGUAGGUCUAAAGUUUCUGCCCCUGAGGCAAGAAUAACACCCGAAGAAUGGUCAAAACAGAUGCCCUUGAAUUUUCUCCUGGUUGGAUUAAUCGAAAAAUAUAAAGUGGAACGUACCGAAAAGAUAUGUAUGUCAUGCGAACGAUUUGAUGUCAAUACGAAGUCAGAAGCGUCUUCCGUGUGCAUUGAUUGCUCUGAUGCUCUUUGCGCAAAUUGUACACGAUGUCAUAAAAGUAAUAAAUUAAGUUCAAAUCAUGAAAUAGUUCCAAUAUCAGACAUUUCGAAAGAAGGGUACGCUUUGAAAUCUUUUAAGAAUAUGUGCUCCGAGCACAAAAAUAAAGAGUUAGAACUGUUCUGUGUUGAUCAUGAUUUACCAUGCUGUUCAAUAUGUGUUUCCGUAAAACAUAGAAAAUGUGAGAAUGUUUUGACUAUCGAAGAAGCUGCUAAAAAUUUCCGAGCUUUGAACAAAGUAAGCAAGACUGAAAAUGAGGUUAGUGCUUUAUUGGUUGAUUUAGAUACUGUGUUGGAAGCUGAAAAAAGUUCUUUAGUUGACAUGGACGCCGCUUUUGAUUUAGAAUUGCAGAAAUGUGAUACUUUUUGGAAAAUAUUGCAGAAAAGGAUUGAGGAACUUAAAAUCAAAUGGACAAACAAAUAUAAAGAAACCUUCCACAGUGAAAAGGGAAAACUCGAGUUAUCUAUUCAGAAGGUCGAGAAUAGAAAAACAGCUAUCGCAAAUACUAAGCAAAUAUUGGAAGCAACCUUAAAAGAGGCUUCGGAUGUUCAAUUGAUGAUUGAAGUUCAGAAGCUAAAUAGAUACAUUGAUAAAGAUUUUGGAAAUUUUUGAGACUUCUGCAAUAACGUGUAAAAUAGAGAUUCAAUUUCUAAAAGAUAUAGACGACAUUGUUAAAAACAUUGAAGAACAAAUCGUCAUAAACAUCGAUAAAAAAGCAAAGGCUUUAGAUUUGUCAAGUUCCAAAUGUGUUAAAAACAUUGCAAAAACUGAAAAGUUUUAUGACUUUGCAGAGAAAGUAGUUGACGAUGCUCAGUAUAUUCCCACUUGGGGCACAGAUCCGAUAAAAGCAGAAAAAAAGAAGAAAAAAUUUUUUUAAAAAAGAAAAGAAAAUUUAAAAAAAGAAAAGAAAAAUGAAAUGAAAAAAAAAGAAAAGUUAAGGCGGGAAAUGCAAAAAGAGAAUACAUAAUCACACCGUUUUAAACACUUUCACACAUUUACCAAUGAAAACUCAAUCAGAUUCGAAGAGUGGUAUUAUCAAACUUAAUCUAAGCAGCACUUAUUGAACUUUUUAUUUAAUAUGUAUUAUUCUGAAUAAAAUUUGACAACUACAAAACAGUUUUCAGAACAAAAUAAUUCUUUUUGAUACGAAACAUUCAUACGAUGAGUGCCCCUUAAUGAUGAAAUUUAUAACUAACAUUCCAAAAUGUUGACGGGAUAAGAAACACAAGUAAUUGUUUCCUGUUUUUUCCGCUUCUCCUAAUUAAUCCCUGAGCCACGACACUAAGUCAGGUUGGAAUAUUGACGUCAAAUGAAAUGCCUCUUUAUCGGAAUGUCAUGUAAAAAAAAUUAACAAAAAAUCUGUUUUGAAUGUUCCGUAGGUAGCCCACCCCUAUCCAAAAUACCAUC